AUGCGACACUCUUUCUUCCUCCUCAACAGCUCAGUGAUCGAAUAGAACAGAGGCGCCUCUUAGCUUAUUUAAGCCACUGCUGUCCUGUCUGUGAAUGCAGAGCUUGUAGUAUAGUAUAUUCAUUCCGCCUGAAGAAAACAGAGAGCAAGAGAGAGAGUGGUGUGCCGAAAGCUAAUUACUUAAUUGAGGCCAUUCGUGGAGCUUAAAGCCAAAUGGUGAGGUUUACAGCAGCCGCAGCAGCGGCAGAGGAGCAACGAGGGACGCCUGACGUUCUGCCCUUGCCGGCCGAGGUGGAUCGGGAGAUGCUCGACAAGCGGCGCUUCUUCGUGGUCGGCGCAGCCCUGUUCUCCGGCGUGUCCGCAGCGCUCUACCCGGCCGUGGUCCUGAAGACGCGGCUGCAGGUCGCUCAGCCACCGUCCCCGUGCCUCCGCGCGGCGGCGUCCAUCCUCCGCCACGAGGGCCCCCGGGGCUUCUACCGUGGCUUCGCCACUUCCCUGGCCGGCACCGUUCCCGCGCGGGCCGUCUACAUGGGCGCGCUCGAGGCCACCAAGAGCGCCGUCGGAAAACUCGUUAUCCGCCUCGGCGUCUCCGAGCCCACCGCGACGGCUGCCGCCUCCGCCGCCGCCGGAGUCAGCGCGGCCAUCGCCGCGCAGCUCGUCUGGACGCCCAUCGACGUGGUCAGCCAGCGCCUCAUGGUGCAGGGCUCCUCCGCCUCCGAGUACCGCGGAGGAAUCGACGCCGUGAAAAAGAUCCUCUGCUCCGACGGCCUCCGCGGCCUCUACCGAGGCUUCGGAUUGUCGAUCCUCACCUACGCCCCAUCCAAUGCCGUGUGGUGGGCGUCCUACAUCAUCUCCCAGAGACUGAUCUGGGCCGGAAUCAGCCGCCAAUUCGGAGGAGUCGGCAGCCACGAGAUAAGGCCGAGACACGGAGCGGUAGUAGCGGUGCAGGGUGCGAGCGCGGCUGUGGCCGGAGCAGCGACGGCGGUGGUAACCAUGCCGCUCGACACCAUCAAGACGAGGUUGCAGGUCUGGGAAGGUGGCGCCGAGAAGAUGACGGUGAGCAGAACAAUCAGGAGCCUCCUACAGGAAGGGGGGUGGAGGGCGUGCUACCGAGGGCUGGGGCCGCGAUGGGCUUCCUCAUCGCUCUCCGCCACCACCAUGAUCACAACCUAUGAGUUCUUGAAGCGGCUUUCGACCAAAGACGGAGGCUGCCAAUCUUGUAAACAGAUCUCAAAUCAAAACAAAUAAGAUUUCCUACUCAUUUGAAUUUCUCCAUGAAUCUAUGUCAACGUCAAAGAUAUAGAUGUAAAUUCAACUUUCCCGAUCGAAAGCUGUAUUGUUUCUCCAAUAUUUAGUAGCAGAGCCUUCACACUCA